AUGACGACUGGGAUGGCCGCAUGUACGAUGAUCGUUCGCCCUCCCGAUCGCGCUCACCUGGCGGUACACGCUCUCCUCCCCGCAACCGAUCCCCCAUACUCGCCACCUCGAGGGCCGGCGGCGGACAGAAGACGCGAAUACUCCAGAGACCGAGUCAAUCCCCGACCCCAGUAUCGCACUCAGGACCGUGAUGAUUACCGACGGCGCUCCUCGCGGUCACCUCCACCCCGGCGAGGGAGACCUGGGUACAAGGAUCGCGACCACAAGGGCUACCGCUCGCCGGGAUACCGCAGCCGCAGCAGAAGUUACAGCCGCAGCCGGCAGCCGCACUACGGGCAGGAGAGCAGAGAGGUGAUGAUGGAUGGUAUACCGGUGGAUAUGGUGGAAGAAGAUAUUUCGCAUGAGCUGAAAGAGUUCUACCAUGUCGAGGGUCUAGAAGACAUCCGAAUCAUCCGUGACCGGCAGACCAAGAUCUCCCGCCAGCUGGGGUUUUUGCAGUUUCGGAAUCUCAGCUUCUCGCGGGCCUUUAUUCAGAAUAAUUUCCCUACAAUCUACCUCCACGGUCCAAAUGCACAAAACGACAGCGGCACAAAAGUCCGCAUCGCAUACAGUCGUGAAAGGGAAGACCGUGCUCGAGCUCGAGCAGAGACAGACUGGAGCUAUGCUGGCCCGGCAGGCCCUCCUGGGAUACCCGCACCGAGAGUGGAAAAUCAUGGAGACAAUGAUGCUGCGCCUGAGAACCAGCCCUCUCAGUUCCUGCUCUUCCGCGGACUCGAGCCAUCUGUUACAGAAGAGCUCCUUGCGAAAGGCGUGGGCAAACUUUACCGCCCCACGCUCACCAACCCGGAUGCCCCAGGAACACAGAAAAAGGGAGCCAAGGUAGCCUCUACCACGGGCGACUCGAACCUCGGAGCGCGGGAUGGCUCCAUCCGUCGUAUCCUGUUAGUGAGAGACCGCAGGAGCAAUGAAAGCUGGCGCUACGGAUUCGCUGAAUUUGCGACGAUCCAGGAUGCCCAAGCAGCAGUUACACGUCUCAACUCCUUCGAUAAAUUCACCAUUUCGUCAAGGCCGGUCAUGGUCAGCUAUAUUCACGCUGGUGUGUUUGUACCAGUACUCAACCCCACCUCGAUCGCGGAACGGUUUACAUUCAGCCCACUGAACAAUCCGGCCCUCAAGCUAAUGUACUGGGACGAAGAGGCCUACGUAACGGAACUCACGGUUUCAACGGCCGACAUCGACAAUGUCAAGGCUGAGAAGAAUGCAGGUGCAUCCGAUGCCCAAAAAUCUAAAGAUGCAGAGAAGGCCAAGAAGAGAAAGUCGGAGGCUGCACCUACUGCAGGCGCCAAGAAGAUGGCAGUACCGUCUCACCUGCAAUUCUGGAGCAACCGCCAUGCGGAACUGCAUGGGAUCCAGAAAAAGGAGACAGACGAAAAGAGUAUAGAGCAGGGUUCGGAACACGGAUGGCCUCCGCCAGACUCAUCCGCGCCUCCCACCCAGUCCUACGCCGACCCCAAGCGGAACUGCUGCUACCUAUGCAUGCGGCAGUUCCAGUCGGCAUCAGAAGUCAAUCUCCACGAACGCUUCAGUGAACAGCACCGCGAGAAUCUGAAAAUUGAGGAAUUGACCGCCAAGGGUCUGGGCAAGCUCAUUAAACAUGGGAUAAUCCCUGCGCCCACGGAGUACCGGGAUCGCGCACGCGAGCGACGCCAGGCAUUCGGUCGAUCCAAACCCUCAGGCAACACCAACACCAACACCAAGCCGGCACCACCUGCAAAGAAAGAGGAACCGCCGGUGCAGAGCACGUCCAAGGGCGCGUCCCUCCUCAGCAAGAUGGGUUGGUCAGCGGGCAGCGGCCUGGGGGCUCAGGGGACGGGCAUGACAGCACCGAUUGCAACGGAGGUGUACGCGCAGGGCGUGGGACUUGGGGCGCAGGGAGGUAAACUGGGCGAUGCCACCGAGGAAGCAGGCCGCAACACGCGGGGCCGCUACGACGAGUUCCUCCAGAAGACCAAGCAACAGGCGCGAGAACGCUACGAACGGAUGGACCAAUAG